ACUCGUAGAGCCACAGUUAAGUGUGGACCAAGCUGCCUCAAGCUGCCGCACGGGGAGGCUCCGUUUGACUUGGAGACUUAUUUGGUGGAGUUUCAGCAGUGCUUUUCGAUGACAAAAGUUAUAAAUUACAGUGUAACGGUGAUAUAAACUUUGCGAUGUCUGUGAUACAUAUGGAAAAGUGUGGCAAAGAAUAGGAAAAUUAGCAAGUUGUAGGCCAAUUUGUUUCAGUAACGUAUAUAGUGUUACCGAUACUCCAAAACGCUGUAAAAAGGUGCUGUUUCUCUAUAGGAAAACACAGCAUAUGGAAACUACCUUCUGUGUAUUCAUUUCUUCCUAUGUAAAUAUGAAUAAUAUCAUAUUCUAAUUUUAGGUCUUGCAACAUAGUGGGCGUGGCGAUAAGAUCAGGUCGUAUCGGAUAGAAAUGCAAAUAACCUGCCCUCUGUAUCGCUAUCAGACAUGUUAACAAAAUAAAACAAACAAGCAAACGAACAAGAACUCACAGUGUUGCAUACAUCAAAAUCCGCGAAUUACUUACGACGCGCAAAUUCGGAAAACCGGUCACUCGCUUUAUCACCAGCGGAGAUACGUCACCAGAUUCUUCAGUAGCAGAUACGAUGCUUUCUCGGCUGCAGGUUUGGGCAGCCGUGUGGGCAUUAGGCCUCCUCGUGCCCUCCGCCCAGAUGUCCGUCAGGAGGCAACUACAGCCCGGGGAAGGCAAUGCGGAUUCUUCUUCCCCCAGCUCUCUCGAUGUGAAUCUUCCACACAGCAGAGGCGCAGGGAAAGGUGUUGGGACGCCCCUUUCAGACGAUGAUUCCGUCGGCAAUGAACCAAAAGAUAUUUCCUCCUUUUCUCAGUUGCCGACGAACGAGCCGGGCGAAAGCAUCUCCAAUGAAUCAGUGGUGAACUUCGUGCGAGAUCUGACGCUAUCAUCAAGUGACGAGGACAUACGGACACUGAUGGCCGUUUUGCACUCCCUAAUGUCGGACGGCACCUUCGGUCCUCUCACGGCAACGGUGACCCGGGGAAGCUCAGCCAACAAGCGGGAAGGCCAGAUGCCAGGGCGCGUGGGCCAGCAGGUGCAGGACCAGUUGGGGGAGCAGAUGGAGGCUCUGACCAAGGGCGAGGUCGAAGUCGUGCCUCAGCAGAUGGCCGAGUUCACCCUGGAGCCGCAUCUCGGUCCCGCUAUAUUGCCGUUUCAGGUUCCUGAAGGAUACUUCGUGCCCUUCCUCCCUCGUCGAGCCUUCGGCGUGGUAAACGGCGCAGUGCGUCCCCCGCACGGCCACGGAACCUUCUACGUGCACCGCCCUCCCGGCCUCGUCGACGUGCCCAACUCCCCUGCCUUCGGGUUCCUCUUCAGCGGCUAUAGGAGGUUCGACCCCGAGGCCCCACGCACGACCCACGAGUUCCACGCUUCUCCCGCCAGCGCGCUCGAUGAAUCCGCCCUGGUUGAACACGGGGAAGCCCUGGCCUUGGCGGAUGUGGAGGACGUAUUGCCCUGACCAAAAGCAGUCCUUCUAAUCUUUAUUGGCAAUAUUGAAACAUUUUUAUACAAAUAUUUGACAAAUGAUUCUAUACAUUCUACGAUUUUAUAGACACGUUUACAAUAAACUUACAAAAAUAU